GGUGCCGGUACCAGUCGUGAGGUAACCACGGAAGGGGAGGACCCCGAUGGCCUGGCGGGGUCUGGUUUGACGAACUCAAGCAACGUGGAUGUUUCGGCCCAACAGCACCAAAACCAGCAGGUGGACACUGCGGCUGGUGCGGACGCCCCGCCGACAACUGGCGCGGCCACAGAAGAUGAAGAAGAAGAUCUGGUCGUCCGAGAUGAUCCUCUUAAUGUUGAUCAGCCAUCGAGCAGCACGAGGACCACACGGAAUCUAAUGACGACGACAGAUACAACAAGCAGUGGUGGGGACGUCGGUGGCGACGCGGACGGCGAGGAGGAUACCGGUGCCGCCGGCGAAAACGACACCAUUUCGAUGUCGUUGAGCCGCAUUCCCAAGCGCGUACCACCGAGCACGCGAAAGGAGGUGACGAUCAACACCUCCUCGUCCGGGAACAGCGGCCCAACGCCCAAAAGCCACCAACAAGGACACCAGUCCCCCCUGCGCGGCCAGGCGGGGGUCGGCCUCGACAUCACCCAUCUCUGCACGGCCGACCUCUGUCUCCGUUCCUCCACCAUGCCCGUAGACUUUCUGGAGGGUCUCUUGAAGGACGUCACGCACCUGCAGCGGCUGCCCGGCCCCGGCGCCCAACUACCCAUCAAGCACCCGGACGAGGUCCAGGAGGGCGGUGCGAGCAAAAGACGGUCGAAGGGCCGAUCUUCACAUCAGCUAACAACUGGUAGUACCUCAGCAGAAAACGCAGGAGGGGCUCCUGGGGUGGCGAGAGAUGCAGAUGCUGGGACCCCAACUGGCAAGAACGGGGCUGGCGUCACCGACUCGCAUAAUUCGGCCGCUCAGCAAACUUCUGGAGGAGCGGAGGAAAGAAGCGCUGCACGGCCCGGAGUAGAGUCGAGUAGCAGCAAAGUAGCUGGCGCUCCUGAUGAAGAGCAGAAUGACGCGAACAAAACCUCGGGCAAUGCCGCUUUGACCGCCUUUGAAGGCGCCAACCAGUUUGUGCGUGGUGUGAACUCCCCCUUCCUGUCGCACGCGACCACCUCGAGCGGCGGCACUUCUGCCGCCAAUCGAGCGGGCACAGGCACCGGAACGUCGUCCGACCUGACGGGAUCGGGUGGCUUAAGUUCCCUAGAACAGUUCGGUCGAAUGGGCAGCUUCACGUCCAAGGCGCCCCCGCAGCCACAAGUGACGCUGAACCUCGCGGAGCGGCACCUGAUCACGCAGCAGAUGGCCAUGAAUUUCCGCAAGAUCAAAAAGCAAAUUGCCAGCACCGUUUUGAAUGUGGAGAAGAAGCUACGGCAGGGAGAUCGCGAGUUGGGCAUCUUCUUCGCGUCUACGAGAAUUGCGCAACGGCAGCUGCAACGUUCGGGCUGUGUGAGCGCGUCCAGCAGUCGCAAAUCGAGUCGAACGAAGCUUGGCACAACUUCAGAACAACCCGCAGCAUCUUCAUCGCAAAAACUUCUUGAUAAAAUCGGUUCCAGUAUCGAGAGCGGAGAACGCACUGCAGCCGGUGAGGACACCAGUCGAGGACGCAUGAUGCUCGACGAUCAUAAAGCUACCUCGGCCGCGGAGACCUUGACGCGACAAGCUUCGAACCGAAGCGGAGCUGAUCGUAGUGCAACUACAUCUGGUGCUGCACACGAAGACUCUGAUGUUGGGUCGCCCGACGAGUUGAACGAUGGCCUGACCUACGACGAGUAUUUGAAGACGGAGCUCGGGCGAAACACGGAGUACAACCGUUUUCGCAAUUACCAGCAGGUGGUCACCACCACUAGCACUACCACAACCUCGACAACCACCAUGAUCACUUCCCCUCUGGAGGUUGUACCAGCGACGGAACAAGUAGAUGCUGUUCAUGCAGAAGAGAAAGAAGCUCCGGAAAUGGAGUCCUCCAUUCAGGACGCAGCCAUGUUUCAGCUGUUGUCCACGCUGCGCCAGACCACCGGGUACAGUAUGAAGAGUUUCAUCGAGCUGCCGCACUUAAUCAAGAAGGUGUUUGACCUAACCAAACACCUCUUCUCCGCCGCGCAGGCCUACCUGAACCAGAUCCAGGAUGUGGAGUCGCGGCUCUCCUCCGCACGCAUUAUCGAGCAGCGGUUGUUGCAUCACAUCGACUUGCUCCAGCGCCGCAUCCGCGUGCUAACUAACC